AUGGGAGUGCUUGGGCUCACUCCAUUCCUUAAAACAACUUGCCCAACUGUCCUCAAACAAAUACCUGAACGACUCCGUGCACUGAGUGGAAAGACGAUUGUAAUCGAUGGAACCCUCAUAACACAACGGUUUCAUUACGCGCCCUUGCCUCACCAGUACAGACACGUACUAGGAUGGUACCGGCUCGCCCAAGAACUGCGCGACAAUGGCGUUAACGCGCUCUGCGUCUUUGAUGGCAAGGAACGAAACUUGGCGAAGGCUCGCGAGGUUGCUCGGAGAAAGGAAGUCCAACGCGUGACGGUUGCCCGCGGCGGCGUCGAGAAAGAACGGCUUGGUCGCCUUCAGCAACUCGCCGCACUCCUCAGCACGUUCGAGUCUUUCACGCAACCCCAGCGCGAACGCAUUGCUCAAAUCAUCGGCAGCAACAUCCAAGAUAUGCCUGAUGAUCAAAUCCCCGUGGUGGGCUAUCAUCCCCAGGAUUUCCCGAACGAUGAGAUGCAGGAAGCCGAUACCGACACCGAUAUUGACCCUGACUUUGAAAUUCAUGACGACCUCUUCGGUGGACCCACGGAGUCACCUGUCUCUUGGACUCCCGCUGACGACUCCAUGCAGUUCGAUAUCCCUAGUAUUUCUGACUACAAUCUUCCCUCGCCGUCAGAGACAUUCGAAUCAAGUUCAUCUGACUUCGACAGCUUCGCCAGCGCGCUGUCCAUGCUAUACUCGCAGUACCGAAUGGGCGCGUCGAAACUCGCGUCGCUGUCGCCCGGUACUCCCGACGCCGCGUCGUCCUCUGAGAUCUUGAUGUCAAAGUCCCAACAUCGACUUGCCCAGAGCGAAGGUCAGCUCUGGAGGCAGCUGCUUGCGCUCCCGGGGUCCAAGGACAGCGAGGAGCUCUUCGAAUUGACCAAGCAGAGCGAGAUCCUCUCACUUUCGUACGACAGGCGAAUUGACUCGCCGACACCUCAGACGUACGCCGAAUGCAAAAGUAUAAUUAGUGCGAUGGGUAUCCCUUCGGUUGACACGACAGGUCCCUUCGAAGCGGAAGCACUGGCGAGCAGUCUAGUCCUAAAUGGCUAUGCGGAUUACGUCGUUAGCGAAGACACCGACGUCCUGGUCUAUGAAGCCCCGCUCCUUCGCAACGUAACCAACAGAACUGGCCCCUUGCUCGCAAUCUCCGGCGCCGAAGUGCGGAAGGUCUUGAAACUAUCUCGCGCAGCGUACAUCGACUUUGCUAUCCUCCUGGGGACGGACUUCUCGGAGCGCAUCAAGAAUGUGGGCCCCGCGCGUGCGCUCAAGUUCAUCCGCGAAUACAAGACCAUCGAGCGCGUCAUCAAGCACGAGACGAAGUACCCUCCGCGCGUGGCGAAGGAUGUGUAUCUGCAGCAAGUGGCUACGGCACGUAAGGUCUUCAAGACGCUGCCCCCCAUCCCCGAGAACAUGAAGGACCUGCAGAUGGAAGAGCCUGACAGCGAGUUGGUGCGCGAGAUGCUGCAGAUGUACGGCUUGGGCCGGUCGGUGGAAGUUGAUGAUUGGGAUUAUCAGGCCGCGCUAGCCGGGAAUUACUUCAACGAUAAUCCGAGUACUUCUAGUGUGUAUGUGUAA